CUUUUGUGCCCAUGAUGCACCGUGGUCGUCGCACCUGUGAGGAAGGAUAAAGCUGUCACUGUACCGUCUCUACAUCAGCACCACCGGCGCCGGAAACACUGCUGCUUAAAAAACAACAACACAAGUCUGGACUAAAAAAGGAAAAAAGAUCUCUGUGGAGUUGGAUUUUAGCAGUUGGAUACUCUUGGUUGUCUGUUUAACUAAGGGAUGUAACUGCAAAAGGCCAGCGGCUCCCCUGCCAGCUCCACAUCCCAGCAGACAAAAUGAAGGAGGAAAUUCCACUCACAUGACCUCGCACCACAAGUCUCCAUCUUCAUCCGGUCUGAAGAGCAGGACGACGUCUUAAAGCCCGGUCUCCUCCUUCUGUCAGCUUGCUCUGUAACAUUUAAAAGGAAAACAAUCACUGCCCUGCAACACCUGGACAAUUUAUUGCGAUUUACCUUACGACUGUUAACUACAACGACUGUUCUCCUGCUAUUGCCCUUUCCCUCUUUUAAAGACAUAUUUUUUUAUAAUAAAUGUUUAUCCAAAUUUAUCUAUAUUGUGGACUGAACUGUGGAACCCUGAAAUUCAGUUCAGUCCCUGAGAUUUGAAUCUAACCGAAUUCUCAUCAGACAUUUUUUUGGAUUAAGAAAUUAUUUACAGCUAUGGAUCUUGUAGGUUUUUCUAUCAGGCUGCAUGUGUUCCUCAGCACAUGCCUGGGACUGGAAUUUUUAGGUACACCAGGUCAGUGGGCACGCUACCUCCGCUGGGAUGCCAGCACCCGCGGUGACCUCAGCUUCCAGUUUAAGACAGAGGCCUCAGACGCACUGUUGCUGUACUUUGACGAUGGAGGUUACUGUGACUUUCUACAGCUCUCAGUGGCGGAGGGACUACUGCAGCUGCGCUUCAGCAUCGACUGUGCUGAGACCACUGUUGUGUCAGACAGACAGGUAGAUGACAGCAGCUGGCACUUUGCCACCCUGAGCAGGUACAACCUGCGCACAGUGCUGGUGCUGGACGGCCAAGCCAAAGCAGGCGAGGUAAAGCCUCAGCGUCAGUUCAUGAAAAUAGUCAGUGACCUGUUCCUAGGUGGAGUGCCUCAGGAUAUCCGCAGCGGUGCACUUACACUGCCUACGGUGCGAAACAUGCAGCCCUUCAGUGGCACAAUCACAGACCUCAAAUACGGCAUCUCACAGCCCCUGUUCCUAGGAAGCCUUAACGUGCCGCUGGAGUCGGAAGGAUGGUGCACCGUGAACCCGUGUGAGAAUGGUGGGAUGUGCACAGUGGUGGACGGAGAACCAGUUUGUGACUGCUCCAAAACAGAAUACAAGGGCCGCUUCUGCAGAGAAGAAAUCAACAGCAACAACAUGCCAGGCCUUGCACAUAUGAUGGCAGAGCAAGCUAAAAGCAAAGCAAGAGAAGAGAAUGUGGCGACUUUCCGUGGCUCAGAGUACUUCUGCUACGAUCUCUCCCAGAACCCAAUCCAGAGCAGCAGCGAUGAAAUUACACUGUCCUUUAAGACGUGGCAGCGGAACGGCCUUAUUCUUCACACUGGCAAGUCAGCUGACUAUGUUAAUCUAGCACUAAAGGACGGAGCUGUCUCCCUCGUUAUCAACUUGGGGUCUGGAGCCUUUGAAGCCAUUGUGGAGCCGGUCAAGGGGAAGUUCAACGACAACUCAUGGCACGAUGUCAAAGUGACCCGCAACCUCCGGCAGGUGACAAUAUCAGUGGAUGGGAUUCUGACCACUACAGGCUACACCCAGGAAGAUUACACCAUGCUGGGCUCUGAUGACUUCUUCUAUGUGGGUGGGAGCCCCAGCACAGCUGACCUGCCUGGUUCUCCAGUUAGCAACAACUUCAUGGGCUGUCUCAAGGAGGUAGUGUAUAAGAACAAUGACAUCCGUCUUGAGUUGUCCCGUCUGGCUCGAAUUGUGGACCCCAAGAUGAAAAUCCAGGGUGAGGUAUCCUACAAGUGUGAAAAUGUGGCUACCCUUGACCCAAUUUCUUUCGAAACCCCUGAGGCCUAUAUCAGUCUCCCUAAGUGGAACACCAAGCGGAUGGGAUCCAUCUCUUUCGAUUUCCGUACCACUGAGCCCAAUGGACUCAUCCUCUUUACCCAUGGCAAACCCCAAGAGCGCAAAGAUGCUGCACGGAGCCAAAAGAACACCAAGGUGGAUUUCUUUGCUGUGGAGCUGUUGGAUGGCAGCCUGUACCUGCUGCUGGAUAUGGGCUCUGGGACUAUCAAGGUUAAGGCCACCCAGACAAAGGUGAAUGAUGGGGCCUGGUAUCAUGUCGACAUCCAGAGGGAUGGACGCUCAGGCACCAUCUCUGUAAACAGCAGAAGAACUCCGUUCACAGCCAGUGGUGAGAGUGAGAUUCUGGACCUGGAGGGUGACAUGUAUUUGGGGGGGCUUCCAACUGACCGCACCAACCUCAUCCUGCCCACGGAGCUCUGGACAGCAAUGCUCAACUAUGGCUAUGUGGGCUGUAUUCGUGACCUUUUCAUUGAUGGUCGAAGCAAGGACAUCCGUCAGAUUGCUGAGGCACAAAAUGGGGCUGGCAUUAAACCAUCAUGCAAUAAACAACCUGGCAAGCAGUGUGAGAGCUACCCAUGCAAGAACCGAGGAGUCUGCAAAGAAGGCUGGAAUCGAUUCAUCUGUGACUGCACUGGUACUGGCUACUGGUCACGCACCUGUGAGAGAGAGGCUUCUAUCCUCUCCUAUGAUGGCAGCAUGUAUAUGAAGGUUGUGAUGCCGACCAUCAUGCAUACUGAAGCUGAGGAUGUGUCUUUGCGGUUUCGCUCCCAGCGGGCUUAUGGUCUCCUCAUGGCCACUACCUCCCGAGACUCAGCCGACACACUACGGCUGGAGUUGGACGGGAGUCGCGUCAAACUCACGGUCAAUCUAGACUGUAUCAGGAUAAACUGUAACUCCAGCAAGGGACCGGAGACCCUGUAUGCUGGGCAAAAGCUCAAUGAUAAUGAAUGGCAUACAGUGCGUGUGGUGCGUCGUGGCAAAACCUACAAGCUAACGGUUGACGAUGAUGUAGCAGAAGGCCAAAUGGUGGGUGACCACACUCGUCUGGAGUUCCAUAACAUCGAAACAGGCAUAAUGACAGAGCGCCGAUUUGUUUCUAGCAUUCCAUCCAGCUUCAUUGGUCACCUCCAGAGCCUAAGAUUUAACGGCAUGCUAUACAUUGACUUAUGCAAGAAUGGUGACAUUGAUUACUGUGAGCUCAAUGCCCGCUUUGGGAUUCGCUCCAUUAUCGCUGACCCUGUCACCUUCAAAUCCAAGAGCAGCUAUCUCAGCCUGGCCACUUUACAGGCCUACACGUCCAUGCACCUCUUCUUUCAGUUCAAGACCACUUCACCAGAUGGCUUCAUACUCUUCAACUCUGGAGAUGGCAAUGAUUUCAUUGCUGUGGAACUAGUUAAAGGGUACAUACACUAUGUUUUUGACCUUGGAAAUGGGCCCAACCUCAUCAAGGGAAAAAGCGAAAGGGCACUAAAUGACAAUCAGUGGCACAAUGUGGCUAUUACCCGAGACAACAGCAACACCCAUACGCUGAAAGUAGAUGCUACAGCCACUAGUCAGAGUAUCAAUGGUGCCAAGAAUCUGGACCUUAAAGGUGAUCUGUUCAUUGCUGGACUGGGUCCAGGCAUGUAUGGCAACCUGCCUAAAUUGGUGGCUUCCAGAGAAGGCUUCCAGGGCUGUUUGGCGUCAGUGGACCUCAAUGGUCGCCUACCGGAUCUCCUCAAUGAUGCAUUGUUUCGCAGCGGGCAGAUUGAGCGUGGAUGUGAAGGACCCAGCACUACCUGCCAAGAGGAUUCCUGUGCCAACAUGGGCAUUUGCAUUCAACAAUGGGAGAACUACACCUGCGACUGCUCCAUGACUUCAUACACCGGCACACAAUGCAAUGACCCUGGGACAACAUACAUCUUUGGCAAAGGUGGGGGCCUCAUUACAUUCAAUUGGCCAGCCAAUGAGAGACCAAGCACCAGGACGGACAGGCUGACUGUCGGCUUCAGCACCUCCCUGAAAGAUGGCAUCUUAGUCAGAAUUGACAGUGCACCUGGUCUAGGGGACUAUCUCAUGCUGCAUAUACAACAAGGCAAAAUUGGAGUGACCUUCAACAUCGGCACAGUGGAUAUCAGUGUGCAGGAAAGCAGCACCCCAGUGAAUGAUGGGAAGUAUCACGUUGUCCGUUUCACCAGAAAUGGUGGCAAUGCUACACUGCAGGUGGAUAACUGGUCUAUCAAUGAACAUUUCCCACCAGGGAACAGCGACAUUGAACGCUAUCAGAUGGCCAAUAAGAAAAUUCCUUUUAAAUUUGCCAGGCCAGUAGAAGAAUGGCUACAAGAGAAAGGGCGGCAGUUAACAAUUUUCAACACACAAGCAACAGUGGCAAUUGGUGGUAGUGAUCGUGGCCGGCCCUUUCAGGGUCAACUCUCUGGCCUUUAUUACAAUGGCCUAAAGGUGUUGAACAUGGCAGCUGAAGGCAACCCAAACAUCAAGAUUAAUGGCAGUGUAAGGUUGGUAGGCGAUGUACCUAGUGUGGCAGGUUCAGCAAGGACCACAGCCAUGUCUCCAGAGAUGACAACGACCUUCAUUGAGACUACUACCAUGAUGUCCACUACAACCACACGGAAACACAGAUCUUCCUCAACUGUACAGCACCAAGAGGACCCUGGGUCAUCUGCCGAGUGUUCGAGUGAUGAUGAAGAUGAGGAGGAGUGUGAAACUAGCCGUACAGGAGAUGAGUUAGUCGUCAAAAUACUUGAGGAUCCAUUAGUGCACCCCUCUGUAGCUCCUUGUACACCCUUCAUUCCCACUCCCUCAACCCACCACCCACUCCUCACCAUUGAGACCACCAAAGAGUCCCUGUCCAAGGCCACUGAGGCGGGGCUACCUUGCUUGUCGGACCGAGGCAGCGAUGAUUGUGAUGAUGAUGGCUUGGUGAUAUCGGGGUAUGGCUCUGGGAAAGCGUUCAAGUCUAAGCUGCCACCUACUGAUGAUGAAGAUUUUUACUCAACCUUCUUCUUGGUAACAGAUAAGACCUUGUCCACGUCAGGCUUUCAAGGUGACUACAAAGCAAAUGCACCCAAGACUUUUAUACGUAACAAACCUUCCAUCUCCAGACGCAGUAGGACUACCACUAUCACCAUAGCACGAACCGCCGACCAGAGCCGCACCACCACCACCUCUGCCUCCACCGCACCCUCCAAACAGCCAGCUGGCAAAACGAAUAACCGCGAGCUAAAACCCCGGCCCGACCUAGCGUUGCUUCCAUUGCCCACAUCCUUUGAGGUAGACAGCACCAAGCUGAGGGGCCCAUUAAUAACCUCCCCAAUGUUCCGUAAUAUACCCACAGCACUUCCCACAGAGCCAGGCGUCAGGCGAGUUCCAGGGCCCUCGGAAGUGGUCCGCGAAUCUAGCAGCACCACCGGGAUGGUCAUCGGAAUAGUGGCGGCCGCUGCCCUGUGCAUCCUCAUCCUUCUAUAUGCCAUGUAUAAGUACAGGAACAGGGAUGAAGGCUCCUACCAGGUGGACGAGAGCAGGAACUACAUAACCAACUCGGCUGUGCAGAGCAAUGGCGCUGUCGUGAAGGACAAACAGCAAAGCUUGAAAGGCAGCAACAAGAGACAGAAAAAUAAGGAUAAGGAGUAUUAUGUGUGACUGUGAGACUUUCGUGUACACGAGAGAGCGAAGAAAGAGAGCACUAAGAGAACUUUUAUUUAUCAGUUUCCUCGUGAGGAGCUAUGACAAAUGAUGGUAUAAUAUGGAACUUGAAAAUUCUUAUACUGUGCUGAGUAGUUGAACUGAUGAUAUGUACUGUAACAUAAAGCACACUUACUAUUAAGCAAAAGCUUAAUGACAAGGUUAAAUAGCAACUUUAGAGACCUUACUCUUCUAUCUGGUCAGAGACAUUAUCGGUAGAGAAAUACUUCACAGCAUCAUUCUCCUAAGUGACUUUUAGAGCUACGUGAUCCUUGGCAUUAAACAAUUUUUUGUGAAAUUGUUAAUUACAAAAGGCUCAUAAAAUUACACCUUUUCAGCAUGUAAACAACAUAGUGCUUAACAAGAGGGGGUCAGGCACACAAUGGUUGUAAAAAUAAAGGACUCUUGUAUCAAAAUAUUACCAAUUUUUAUGGUUUAUAAAUAAGUGCUGUGUCUUAACUAUUUUUGCUCCAAGCAAACGAGAACCCAACAAAAGAACAGCAAGAAAAGAAAAUGAUUUCUGUGUAUAAACUAAUGGAGAGGGCAGACCUCAUAACACAAUUAUUCUCAUUGUCUGGCUGACACAGUGACUUGCUUUGUGGAGAGAGCUUGCCAGUUCUCUCGGUAAGAAACACGUGAUUGUAAAAUGCAUGCCAUCCUGAUUCAUAUGGUAUAGCACAAGUCCAGUAUGCAGUGUUCGACUUGGACCACGUUCUCUUUAAUGCACAAGCCAAAACGUCAUCAUUAGAUUGGGACUUGCCCUUUUCUGAGCCCCUGAAAACUGCUGAAAAAUCUGCAAAAGAAAAGGUCUAAUAUCGACGCAUAGCUAGUGGUGGUCUUCUCUCUUUGCAAAAUUGUGUGUUGGUUCAUUGCGUAUCAUUCUCUUUUUUAUGGAGGUGUCAGGAAGAAGACAAAUGCAGUACUACAACACUGUUAACAAAUGUGUAUACAGAAAUAAAUCUAAUGUUGAAAGUGUGAAUUCUAUCUGCUAUCGCAGUCAACUGUGUCAAAAAAGAAGAAAUUUGUUUACAUAUUUUAUUACAUGCUAUCUGUUGUACUUUGUAGGUAGUAAAUUGUACAUAUACCAUGACAGUUGUAAUUUUUAGUACCACUAUUGUACAGACUAAACAUAUGGUUUAUCAACAGAUUUCAUGAGAAAUUUAUUAACUGUUAUUAAUUUACAUGGAGAAAGACUCUAACCAGAAUGUGAAGAAUCAUAUUGCUAUUCAUAAAGAAUAAAAAUGUAUUGUUAGCCUAGAAAUCUAAAAAGAGAUGUUUCUAAAGUUGCAUGAAUAUUUAAUUACUGUCCGACAAAUACAACGUGCCCUUUCUUCUGUACCAUGACUUUCUUGUUCUGGGUGACGGUACUGAUUCGUUUAGUUUCAUUUGAAGUUUUUUGGAGAGAACAACAUCAGAUUUAUGACAAAAAGACAGCAAAAGGAUGGGCCUUGGAAAGGCAAAUUCUGUGGGACCAUUAAUCAUUGCUUAAUUGUCCAUUUAUGUUUCCAUUACCUGUCAUUUUCAUUAAGUCACAAGGUGCAGGCUUUUUCUUAGAAAUCACGUUUUUGUUACAAUUGUUACUUUUCAUAACCUUUUUUCAUCAGUUUGAUAACAAAUAAAACUUUUUUUUCCUCA